AUGGAUCCUGACAAGUUGCGCAAGGCGCAACAGGCGUCCCGCGAUGCAUAUCUUCGCAAGCAGGCACUCAAGCGAGAGAAGGCUGCCUCAGCUGUUUUGCAGGAAAAAAUAUCGGAGAUUGAGGCGGGGGUUUUGCCGCAUUCCCUUGCGGAGAUUGAGUUGUUAAGUAAACGCGCCCGAGAAGUACAGGCCGCUGGUCAACUGCAGAUCACAGCGCAACUACGACAGGAACUUCUUGAGGAGGACGGUGCUUUGGUGUCGCACGCUUCGGAUCACGGUGGCGAUUCGUCAUUACCGCUCAAUCAGGUGGAAUUGAUGGAACAGAGCAGUUCUGUGGGCUACCAAGAGAAAUCUCACAAUUUUGUGGCAAUGGACGAGUCUGUCGUGGAUGAACGCAUCAAGAAACAUGACUUUGUGGAGGAUAAGACAGAGGAACAGAUUAAACAGCAGCGUACAGAGGCAAUACAGGAACAACACCGCCGUCUUCAAGAGCAACGACGAUCUCUGCCUAUUUAUCAUUCACGCGAGGCACUCCUUGAAAUAAUUCGAAAGAACACCGUAGUGAUCAUUGUGGGAGAAACGGGGUCUGGCAAGACCACGCAACUGUUGCAAUAUCUGUAUGAGGAAAAUCUUUGCAGGACUCCCCCAUGUCUAACUGAAGGUGGCGAUGGUGGUGGGAAAGGGAAAGAAGAAAAAGAAGGAGAAGAAGAGGAAGGGACGAGCGAGGAAAAGCGAUUUAUUUGUACUCAGCCUCGACGUAUUGCGGCAAUCAGCGUAGCGGAGCGAGUGGCACAAGAGAUGAAUACGCGCUGUGGGAGUAUUGUUGGGUACAAGGUACGAUUUGAUGAAAAAUUAGGGCCAACGACGCGGCUUCUUUUUGUGACGGAUGGCAUGAUGUUGAAGGAACUCGUUGGGGAUCCGGAGCUUCGCACCGUCAGUGCCAUCAUGGUGGACGAGGCCCAUGAGCGUUCAAUUAAUACGGAUAUUCUUCUUGGCUUGCUGAAGGACAUUACCCGCAGGAACAAGCAGCUGAAAGUGAUUGUUGCCAGUGCCACGAUCAAUGCCGAAAAGUUUAGCAGCUUCUUUGACGGGGCUCCAAUCUUUACGAUAAAGGGACGAACAUUCCCUGUCGAUGUGUCGUAUCUUACAGAGCCGAUGGCGGACUAUGUGAGUGCCACCGCUGAGUCCGUUCUCCUGUUGCAUGCCACCAAACCUUUACCGGGGGACAUACUUGUGUUUCUUCCCGGUCAAGAAGAUAUUGAGAACUGCGCCGCCGCCAUUCGUGAAGGCAUAGCCAAUUCAGGUGGGCAAUUGCGUCCGUUGAUGGUGCUACCCAUCUACGCAUCUCUUCCACCACGAGAGCAAAGGCGUAUUUACGAGGUCCCACCACCAACCACACGGAAGGUUGUGAUCGCGACAAACAUUGCUGAAACAUCCAUCACUAUCGAUGGAGUGGUGUACGUCGUGGAUUGUGGGCUUUGCAAGCAAAACUAUUAUAAUUACCAGUCCAUGGUGGAGGAAUUGCGUGUGUUGCCAAUCUCGCAAGCCAGCGCCAAGCAGAGAACAGGUCGAGCAGGACGAACUCAAAAGGGGGAGUGUUACCGCUUGUACACGGCCUACACCUUUCGUAAUGAGCUUCCACAAGAAACGGUUCCGGAGAUUCAGCGGAGUUGUAUGAGUUCUGUUGUUUUACAGUUGAAGGCACUUGGAAUUGAUAAUUUGUUACAGUUUGAGUUUAUUGAUGCACCCUCUACGGCCUCGUUGGAACGGGCUUUGGACCACCUUUACUUGCUUGGUGCAAUUAAACCGAAUGGUCGGUUGACACUUACCGGAAGACGCAUGGCAGAAUUUCCACUGGAUCCCUCACUGAGCAAAUGUAUUCUUCGUGGGAGCGCUUUGCGGUGUCUUCGUCACAUGGCAAUUGCCGUGGCGAUGCUCACUCUCGACUCGGUGUUUGUGGUGAGUCGGGAUCCGAAGGAGCGGGCUUCUAUUGCGAGUGCUAGAGACGUCUUGUUUUCCGCUGGAAACGGUGAUGUCAUGGGAUAUGUGAGGUUAAUGGAAGAGUGGAUGCGUGCAGGCCCCUCGAUGCAUGAGUUCUGUCAAUCACACUCAGUGAACGCAAAGGCUCUUCUUCAAGCCCGAGACGUGUUGGAUCAAAUACUAAACACAUGUGAACGUCUAGGCCUUGAUUUGCCCAGUGGAGAGGAGGAAACAUCGCUCUCUAUGGAAAAUUUUACAAAGGCCUUACUGGCGGGGUUCUUUAUGAAUGUUGCGAAGUUGAAUGCCGACCGGAGGACGUAUCUGAUUGUGCGCCCGAUAGAUGCCUCCGUAAGCCGCAGUGGUCACAACCAUAAUAAUUACAAUGCAUUGGAUGCCGAGGAAACGGCAACGGCGGAGUUGCACCCGUCGAGUUACCUUUUUAAUGCUGGACUGGAAAAAAAAGAUGGGAAGAGCAACAGAAAUGGCAGCAUGGUCUCAACUGCGCCGACUCUGCGAGAGAGGCCAGAGCUCGUUGUUUUCACACAGCUACGGUACACGAGUAAACGCUACAUGAUGCACGUGACGGCUAUUUCUUCCGUGGACUGGGUUCUGACGACGGCCCCUGAAAAUUAUUUCACGAGGGAGGAGUUGGAAACAAAGUUGCGGAAACGCGCGCAUGAUUAG